UCAGUCGUCGAGUUCUUGCAGCAUAUUGUACCUCUGCCUCCACUCCUGCGUGCAAAAGGCCUUUGCAUCACUGCCUCUCGCUCCUCCUCUCUUGGCUGUUGGUCAAGGUAUCCGGCUUGAAGAAGACUCACAGCCAUGGCUCCCAUAGCAGUAAAAGCGCCUACUGGCGUCAAACCUACGACGGCUCCGUACAGUGACAAGCCUAUGAAGCGUGGUAGGAGCGUAAGGAGAAGCUCUACUCAACGCCGACCACAGCAGCUUUCACCUCAUUUCGCACAGACAAUGCAAGGGCGGCAGGACCAAGAUGAGGAUGAAGACGAAAACGAAGACGCUACUAUAUCCGACCACCCCAGAUUGCAGAUGUACCGACGUCGAGAACGCCAGAGCUAUAUCAAUCCGCGACAGCAUAUGCUGCAUCUGCCCGACUCAGCGCGACCUGCAACCUCCCGCAGCCAUAAGCGGGACUGGAAUCACCACAGAGACCGGAGCAGAAGCCCUUCAUUCUCCAAGAAGCUGCCGCCAUCCGACAGCUUGUCGCAGCAGCCACACAUUGAAAGCUACUCCAGCCUAGGGACCUCCUCUAUGGGCAUGACGAAUGAAGAAUUCGAAGCGUUACCACCUACUAUCCAAAGAAAAUAUUUUUCCACUUUGGAAAGGCUGCGCUUUGCCCAUACCACUUGCUGUGCUGGACAUUCGGAUCAGUCUCUGGGAGAAUAUCAUUCUACAUCAUCUUUGGCAAGCGAAGAAGACAUCACGCUCGCCUCCGAUCACCUCCACCGAGUUCGACCAAACUCUGCUCGUUUCUAUCCGAAUCAAGCCGAUCACUUUUACGGACGGCCAGUCGGCAGUGGAGACAGACAAGCACAUACGUCCCAUUCCAACUACAAGAGUAUCAUACUGGAUGCUACCGACGAGGCCUUUGUCAAGAUAAAUAAACGUCAAUCGCAGCUUCCCAGGUCAAGCAACUAUCUGGAUGAACACUAUUCUCCAGCACUAUAUUCUACAAUGAACGGCUCUCAUAACGAUGGAUUCACACAGUCUCCUGCAGUGGAGUCAGGGGUAGAUUCGAUCACAGAAAGCUUCCGAUGGCUUGAGGAGGGUGAAGACUUGGACCUUCGUCUUUGCUUGGAUGACGAGACCCAGCCCAACCCAAAGCAAGGGAAGAAAAAGCGAGUGCCAUUUCCUCGACACCUAUCGAUUUCAAAACUUUCUUUUGGACGGCCUUCGGUUCAGUUGAGCCGCCCGGGAACCAGAGGAGCAGCUAUGGCUUCUCCGGCAUUGAGCGAGCAAUUCGUAUUAUCUUCCACGCCAAAUCCUUCUGGCCACUUCCGUCGACGGUCUCGAGCCAUGUCUCUAAUCUCGCCAAACAAGGGCCAGAUGUCUGACGACUCUACUCUUGUUGAUCAAGCCCCAUCCCACUACCAAGAUCCUGAGGCUCGCAUGAAGCUUCGCGUAUACCUCGCUUCCCCGCACAAGUUUGAUGAGGCUAUUGAGUUUGGAUUUCCGUCAUAUGACAUGCAAGGAGGAGAGACCUCUCACGUUCGAUCAUUCUCACGUCAAGGCUCAUCUGAUAGGAUGCACAAUUUGACUAGCGAUGAUGUCGAGUCACUAAUCAGUGACCCUGCGUCGCCUACCGAUAUGGCCUCGCCGAGAACACCGAUGAGCAUGGAUCACCCAUCUGUCGAGCAUUCACCACAUCUACCACAGGAGGGAACAUGGCCUGCCAACUACGCCCAGGCUCCAGCGUCGUCUCGUGAAAUGACGCUGCGGAUGACACUGACACGGCCUGAUCUUCGAGCCGACGAGGAACAAAUGUAUGGCUGGCAAAAGCCAUCAUCGGCCAAGCCACAGGCCCAUAAUGGAUCCGCUCAGCCAAGGUCAUAUGUCCGAGCUACCACUACCAAGGACAGCAUCGAGAAGCAAUUCGCCGCCUUCGACCAAGACAAUGCUAGCGCCGAUAACAGCAUGGUAAAGCGUUUUUGGAACCGAGUCCGCCGAUCAUAAUAGCACGAAUCGCUCUGCAGCUGCUGUUGCUACAACAAACGACAGACAAAAAACUGUAUUUCACUCAGGAAUUACAAAGGCAUUCAACAACAAAUGCCAUCAGCACUCUCAUUAACUGCAGCAAGAUUCUCUCUGCGCUCAUACCUCUCAUUAUAGCCUAUAGCAUGCAUAACUAUACCCCAACUGGUCCUUUUGUCUCUCAUUUAGCAUGCUGUUCUUAUAUCUGUCUUGUUCGAUCUCAAAAUUUCCCUGU